CCUACAAAAUAAAGUCUUUUAUUUUUCCAUUUUUUUCCCAAUUUUUUAGCUCUCUACCCAAUUUAUCUUCCUUUUCUUUGCCCUAAUAUUUUGAUUAACACCAUCACUUACUCCUUAUCUCUCGUCAUAAUUUCUCUCUCAGUCUUCUUUGGUUUUUUUAAUAGCGUUCUUUUCAUCUUCCCUAAAACCAAAUAUAUCUUUGCUUUUUCAUCUUUCCUGAAACCAAAUAAAUCUUUACUUUUUUGUUGUUUUCUUUUGCUUUCUGUUUGAUGGAUGAUCAAGCUGUUGAUAAAGUGAUUGAAAACAUGGAAAAAGAUCAGUCUGUUUCGAUUGAAACAUCAGAUUUAGCACUUUCAAAACCAAACAAACUCUUUCUCAAGCUCAAGAUCUCCAAGAAGCAUAUCUGCCCCGUUUGUAGCAAAGAGUUUACCUCAGGGAAGGCGUUGGGAGGUCAUAUAAGGAUCCAUAUGAAGGGUAGCAAGAAUGGUCGCCAUAGAAAGAUUUCCCAGCUUCAGCCGAGAAAUAUUCAUCGUGCCAAGGCUAAGAAACGGAUCUCCCAGAAUAUGGUCUUGCCAAAAGCUACGGAUGGAGCUGUUGAUGCUGUUGAUCUGCCCUUGAAUGAUCAAGAAGUGAACGAGCAAGUCAGUUGCUGCAUAUGUAACAAGGGUUUCAGGUCAAUGAAAUCUUUGUUUGGGCACAUGAGGAACCAUCCCGAGAGGGGUUGGAGAGGGAUCAGGCCACCUCCUUCUGACAAAAACAGCUGUUGUUCCAGUGUAUCCGAAAACGAUGAAGCUGUGGAAGUUGAUCAGAUUAAUUGUGCAACAGAAAAAGGCUUAGCCUCAGGUUCUGAUCUGUUAAAGUCUCUUCCGAAAUGGACUAACACUGCCAAGCGAUGCGGGAAACUCACCUUUGAUGAGAAUGAGGUUCCUGAGGCUGCCUAUUGCCUUAUGAAGCUAGCUCGAGGAGAUUCCUUUGAUUUGGGUCAGUCAAGCGUUGGAUUCCAAAGAAAAUAUUCACCAACAGAUAACCCGAAGACUAUAGAUAAAACUCGAUCUUGGGGCUUGGCAAAUAAAACUUCAUCAGAGGACAAAAAACGGAGCAAUAUUGUUCUAGGUAAGAAAAUGGGUGAGGGCAAAGGAAAGGCCAGGUUGAAAACUGAGUGGGAUCAAGAGAAAGUUGCUUCGGAGUGUAAACAGGGAGAUAUAUACUCUCCUGAUAAAAAGAAAAAGAAGGGAAAGGUAUUAGCGAAAGAGCUCAAUUGCGAUAAAUUUAUUGAAAGGAAAAUGAUGGUAGGGGAAAAUAAGAUGAAGCUGACUUGUGCAGAUGAUAGAAUCAUCGAAAAUAAUAGUUGGUUUGAUCACUUUCAGAAGUUCCCGAUGAAGCCUAAUGAAGAAGAGGGUGAUCCAUUGACCAUUGAAGCUGGUAGAUACAGAGGCAGGAUCUCCUACAGUAGCCAAACACCUUGUUUUUACCCUAAAAACCCAAGUGGAGGACUAUUUGAAGCUCCGCUGAAUGAAACAGAAUCACCGGCGGAGGGCAAACACCUAUAUUCCAAAACACUAUUCCCAAAAACAGCUAAUCAGGCAGCUGAAGGCAGUCAGGUUUGUUCCCCCAAGAUACUAGAUUUUGAUCUCAAUGAACCUUAUGCGGGUCUAGACGAUGAUGAAGCUACAGGAACUUAG